CUGGACCGAAGUCUCAACCCCAAACGCAAUGGAGACCAUCGGCCGUCCACCGCCACUAAGCCACAGUCGCGCCUCGAGCUGACUGCCUUAACGAAAAUUGCCAUUGAAGCAUCUCAGUUUAGUGAAACUCCGGGCUCCAAUUUUUCGUUCUCUUUACGCGGAUUAGACUCGCAUAUGAGAGAUCGCUGGUUUUCUAAUGAGUGGAGAAGGUUCAAUACUUCAGCCCCUCCAUGGUUGUGGAUUCCAUGUCCAAAACAUCGUUUGGUUUCUUCUCAUGAGGUGGAAGGAUAUAUGUCACUGGAAAACGUGCGCCUUUUAAAAUCAAGUGAGGAAAAAGAGGACGGAGGAAGUCUGACAUGUAAAGAAGAACGGAAUAUGUUGGAGAAUGAAGAACCAUUUGAUUGCGCCACAUUAGGUCCAGAGAGUGAUUAUCAUGAAAUAAACCUCUAUGAUUUUCAUGUGGUCUACAGUGCUUCGUACAAGGUUCCAGUGCUGUAUUUCCGUGCUUACCGUAGUGAUGGACAACCUUUGCUGUUCAGUGAAAUUGAAAAGGACCUUCCUGGCCUCUCUGUGAAGCUGCUAUCUGAAUCAAAGUGGACAUUCAUAACUCAAGAGGAGCAUCCAUAUUUGAACCGGCCAUGGUACAAAUUACACCCAUGUGGGACAAGUGAGUGGAUGAAGCUGCUUUUUUCUAGUGACAAGUCUUUGACUACAAAAGGUUCCACGAUUGAACAUUAUCUGGUGUCAUGGUUCUCCGUCGUGGGGCAAGUGGUUGGUCUUAAAAUUCCUCUGGAGAUGCUGAACUUCGGGCGUUAACUACCCUUGCUGAUGAAAUUGAGCGGCUGAAAAGCUAUGCUAACGAGAUAAACAAGUCUUGUGCUGCUGCUGCUGGUUCUGGAUGUCUUGUACAUAGCGUUUAAGGCAGAUGGAAAACAAUGGGGUUUAGGGUUCGGGUAAUAUGGGAAAAUAAAGGAUUUAGUUUAUUUUAAUUAUGUUUUAUCUUUUACUGUAUUUAGAUUUAAAUAAUUAAAGAAAGCUUAUAUUUAUAUUGUUUGCUUCAUUUGUCGAAGAAAAACUGGGGAAAGAAGAAAAGGCUGCAGCUUUUUGAGGAUUUUGAAAGCUGUUGAUUCGUGCAUGGAAUUAUAUAGACAAAUAGAUUUAAUGUCUGUGUUUUAUAUAGCUUAAAGCUUCUAAAUCCAUGCAUGGAGUGAAUUAAGAAUUAAGAAGUUAAUUUAAA